GUGUAUGAAGUAAUGAGAAUGAGAGUUUCAACGAUCCUGUACAUGGCACAUGAAUAUGUUAUUCUUGGAGCAAUCCAUCUUGUCUUCGCUAUUUUUUGGUAUAUCGAAGCGAAUAAGAGAGUUGCCCUCUUUGGACUAGCGCUAUGAAAACAAAACAAACUCGUGUUCAAUGCAUGUGACGAUCUUCCAUCAUCGACACUCGCAGUGACGGUCCAUCAUGUAUAAUCAUUGCCAAUUUGGCUUAUCCAUUGCGGUUGCUUCGAAGCAGCGCUGAUACUAAGAAUAUCCUACAUCUGGGGUUUAGAAUGAUUAGUGGGCGCAUGGCGAGCAUCUCCGCCUUUGUUGCCCGAGUGUGUCUUGAAUAGUGUCGACUUUCAGCUGCAGUUAUAUUCUUGCUCUGUUCUCAGUACAGACAAACUGCAAUAUAUAAUUCUCAUAUUCUAUUCCCUCAAUUUGUCUAUACGCUCUUCGUCAUGUUGAUCACGCCGAACCCGUCUCCGUCCCCGGAGAAUACUACUGAGAUACAACAGAAAGGCAACUCACAUUCCCCUACACUAUCAGAGCAACUACAGGGCAGAAAAAGUCUAUUUCGAGUUCCAAUGUACCAGAAGCAAAAUUUUGUGUCAUUCAAGACCACUGACGAAUCCACCGAGUCUGUCUAUCAUGCCCGUCGGGCCCAUCGGAAGUCUCGUGCCGGUUGUUUGAACUGUAAGCGGAGAAGGGUCAAGUGUGACGAGUCGAGGCCUCACUGCAUACGGUGCCAAAAGCAUGGUGUCGAUUGUGACUAUGAUGUCGUCCAAUGUCGAGCUACUAAGAACUCGGGAAUUGUUUCCCAUUCCACCAAGAAGGUUCCGAAUUUGACAUCAUCAGGCUCGACAGUAUACUCUAUGUCAUUGGCUGCAGUUGCCGAGAAAAUCGAUGACCUUCUGCAGAUGAAGCCGCGGAAUGGCCAGUUAUCGGACAAUAUCGUUGCUUUGCAACACUUUCAUAACUCUACCCUUGCUACCGUUGGCACCGGAGGCUUCAAGGGGGUAAUGAGAGACCAGGUGAUUAAAUUGGCAUUUGAUUCGCCGUUUCUUAUGCACACCGUCAUAGCCGUAGCGACAACUCAUCUUUGUCGCGUCGUCCCAGACAAUAGCACCUACAAAUUUGCCGAGGCCUAUCACUGGCAACAGGCCAUCAGCCUGUACUCCAAGGAGAUUUCGUCCACCGUCGGCUUGCACAAUAUGGACACUCUAUUCUCCGCCUGUCUCCUCUUGACAGUUCAUUCCUUUGCCCUGGAGGAUUACAACCCCCGGGCCUCCUUUGUCUUUUCAGAUAAUCCCGAAACACUGAAUUGGCUCAUGCUUCAGGGCGGAUUGAGACAUCUCCUCGGUCUCACUAGGCCGUGGAUAUCUCAGAGCAUAUGGGCGGCCCCAUUCAUGGAGUCUCGAGAUGAAAACAUCAUCUUUGAUGACCAUCGUACAGGCCGGGUAGGACUUCACCCCGAGCUGGCGGACAUCUGUGGCAUCGACGAUACAACCACCGAAGAGACUAAUCCGUACAUGUGGCCGUUGCGAAUGCUUUCCCCACUUCUUUUACUAGAACGAUCCGUGAAGAGCUUCUCCAAGUACACAACCUUCAUGGGCCGUCUACUGCCUGAUUACUUUGAUAAGUUAAUACAAAAAGACCCACCUGGCUUGAUCAUUCUCAGCUGGUGGCUGGCACUCGUGAGUGCGACGGACCUGUGGUGGGCGAAUGCGCGAGUGCGGUCCGAAUGUACAGCCAUCUGCAUGUUUCUCGAAGACAGCGACGAUCCUCUUGUUCUUAAACUGCUAGAGUUUCCGGCAGGGACGUGUGGGUAUCUGCUUCGACAUGUACAGGAACGGGCUGUGCUCGAUUCCUGUGGAGAUCUUGUUGGGGUCUUUUAAUUCUUUGAAUAAUUUGGGCUUUUCCCCAAGAACUGCAUAUAUGAUAGAUACCCUCUGCACUUUCGCGCUGAAUGGAUAUUUUGGCCUUGUCGCAUGCAUGAAGAUGAAAAAUGUUAUAUGAAUGUCAUUGCUGAAUUAUUAUAGCUGUAUCGUAGACAUCAUCGCAUUUGCGCCAA